AUGCGCGCUGCCGCCGAUGCCGUCUUGUGCCUUGCCUUCCUGUGGAUAGCCUGGAGACUGUCGCGCCGUUACAGGUCCGCGUCCCCGCCUGGCCCCGCGGGGUUGCCGUUUGUCGGCGUCGCGUACCACAUCCCAGAUGAUAAGCAGUGGCUGAAAUUCCAUGAGUGGACCUCACGCUACGGCGAUGUUGUUAGCACGACUGUAAUGGGUCAACCAACCCUCAUCCUAGGCUCAUUCCGCGCCGCAAGCGAUCUCCUUGACACCAAAGGUGCGAUCUAUUCAGAUCGGCCGGACGCGGUCAUGGCAGGCGAGCUGGUGGGGUGGAAUCGGGGGCUGGGAUACGCACACGGCCCCGACAAUCCGCGCUUCCGCGAGUUCCGGCGCCUGUUCCAGCAGUUCAUCGGACCACGCGCGUGCCAAGACGCGACCAUCCUCACGAUGCAAGAAGAGGAGACGCACCGCCUAAUGCUGCGCUUCCUGCACGACCCCGAGAACUUCUACCGCCACCCACGAGAUCUCCGAAUCAUCAGGUCUACCGGCGCACUGAUCCUUCGCCUGGCGUAUGGAUAUGAAGCCGCCCUAGACCAGGGCCAGGACCCGCUCGUUGAGGUCGUCGAGAUCGCCAUGCAGGGCUUUGCGAAGGCCUCCGAGCCUGGGGCGUUCCUCGUCGACAACUUUCCGGUGCUGCGAUACGUCCCUGAGUGGCUGAUGCCACGCGGGGGGUUCAAGGCCGUCGCGCGCAGGAUGCGAAGGGAGCUCGACGAGAUGUAUGACCUGCCGUUUGGGUUCGUGAAGGAGCAGAUGGAAGCGGGAAAGGCGCGACCAUCCUUUACCUUGAGUUAUCUGGAGGAGAAGCGAACGCCCACUCCUGCGGACGAGGAGUUAAUCAAAGCAGCAGCAGCUUCGUUGUACUCAGGUAAGUGCACGCCCUCCUCGAUGACCGCGUUCAUCCUUGCAAUGCUGCUUCGGCCCGAAGUCCAAGCACGGGCCCAGCGCGAGCUCGAUACCGUCCUCGGCCCAUCCUGGGCCCGCCUACCAACGUUCGCCGACCGCGCACGGCUGCCGUACAUUCAAGCCAUCGUGCUCGAAGUCCUCCGCUGGAACCCCGCCGUUCCGCUCGGGCUCGCACACCGGUUAACACAAGAUGACGUGUACCGUGGUUGCGUUAUUCCUAAGGGGACUGUCGUUUGGGCGAACAUCUGGUCGAUGCUGCAAGACCCGGCGGUGUUCCCAGAGCCGACCGAGUUUCGCCCAGAGCGGUAUCUCAAUGUGGAUGGCACGCUCAAGGAGCUGGAACGACACGAAGACCCAUCAAUAAUCGGCUUCGGUUUCGGGAGGCGAAUCUGCCCCGGGAUGUUCUUUGCGAUGAACUCGAUAUUCAUCGGGAUCGCGACGAUGCUCUACGUCUUCGACAUAUCAAAAGCAAAGGAUGAUCAAGGCGACGACAUUCUGCCAGAGGUAGAUUUCAGGGGGUUCAUCAGUCACCCGGUGCCGUUCAAGUGCGACAUCCGGCCUAGGUCUACAGAAGCGGCUUCAUUAACCGUACGCGCGACGGCACAGGAGUAG